AUGACAUAGUCUUGGUUGCAAAAAAUCUGUAAUUUUUCAUAUUUGCGUGGAAAAAUGGAAUUUUCAUGGGAAAAUGUUUAGAAGUGUGUGAAAAGGGGGAAAAUUAAAUUUGGGACAUUCUAACCUCCAAAAAGGGUUGACAGUUUGCGUUUUUUUCUGACGGUUGUAUUGUUGCAAAGAAGAAGAAGCUGAAAAAUUAUACAUGAAUUUAGGUAAAAAUUGUGUUUGAGGACAAUUUCUGUGUACGUGGAUACUGUGCAAAGUGAAUGGGAAUAUCGCUUCAUCGUGAAACCAAUCAAUGAGUGCUGGGGAAUAAUGAUUUGUAAGGAUUCGGUCGUCUCGUGGUUCAAGGAGCUAGAAAGUUACAAACGAAUUGACACAAUGUGCACCCUGCUGAAUAUGUGCCUUCCAUUUGAACUGCGGUUCCUCGGGACGUGCUUAGAGGAGCUAGGGAGGCGGGAUUCGCAGGAGCUCCGUGGUAUUGAGCUACGGGUAAACAAUCCCACGGAGCUGGCGGCGGACAUUGCCUCCUGUCAAUCGGGCGAGCCCACCGACAUGAAGAUCCGCCGGAAAAUGGCACUCUACCUCGCCCUCAUCCGCGUCUGCAGCCGCCCUUGCGUCAAUGAGCUCUUCCGCACCCUCGAUGCGUGGGGUGAGCGGGACCUUAGCAAGUUCAAUGAUGGGGACCCACUGCAGGAGCUCCUACUUGUCUACACGAUGGCCACCAACCAUCCCGUCUUCUCGUUUGAGCAGCGCAUGAAGUGUGCUGAGAUUUUCACGAAAAUCAAAGAAAGUCGCCCCGCAUCUCAACCCGCCGCCACAGUGCAACACCACAUCUCGCCGCAGCAGCCACUCCUGACCAACUCCACGCCCUCGCCGCCGGGCAUUCACACUAUGCACCACCAUCAGCUCAUGCAAUCCCAGAUCCCACUGCAAUUCACCCAGAUGAUACCGGGUGGUGAUCCACAACUUGCUACACAAAUUAUGGAUCCAACAAUGAUGCAACUGCCGCCCGGUAUGACGAUCCAGCAGCACGAUUUCACCGUAGGGCCGCCACCAACUACCGUACCGUGGACAAUGCGACAUGGUGCGAAUCUUGCGACGCCAGCAGCUAUGCAGCAGCAACCGACGUCGCUGGACACGAUCUCCCUGCACACAACUCAGCCGACACAGUCGACGUCGCCACUUUUGAGUCAGCCGUCAUCCCCAACGCAAAGUCGGAGUACGAGUCCAACGCGGAGUGGGCCGGGUAGUAGCGGGAGUGGCAUUGGGACCAAUUUGCAGCAACCACAGGGUCAUAUGCGGGCGGGGAAUCAGCAGCAGGGGCAGCAGCAACGAAGAGUAAGCCGGCGUCCGUCGGUGGAGACAACCCCACCACCACCGAUGCCAGCACCACCUAACUAUGUGAACCUCCUGGGUAGUGACAUUCUUGUUCAGCAGCAGAAUCACAAGAAUUUCGAAGAAAUGAUGCUGAAUGUGGAUGGUGCACUGAACCAAUUGCAGACCAUUUGCCGGAAUGGGUAUACCCGGCCGGCGCACACAAUUCCGCGUCAGCCAACAAAGGGGUCUGGUGGCAAUUAUUCUCAUCAGCAAGCACAAAGUACUACGCACCAGAAUCACCAUCAGUCAAGUAACUUUUCAUCAAAUCUGCCCGGAUUGACGUAUGCGCUCAAUAAUAUGGCAUUUGAUAAUGUUCAUCAUCAGGUUAAGUCGGGUGGUAGUGAUUCCGGGAGUUCGGUGGGAUCGGCUGGUGAUGAUUUAUCACCACCGGAUACACCAUCGGCCAUGCCGGCCGUGGCAACAACGUCACGUCUCCAUCCGGAUAAAUUGCACAUUUACACGCCGCCCGCUGCAAUUGCUAGCCCCGCGCAAACGGCUACGUAUGGUGGUGCCGGUGUGGCGGAACUGUGUGCUCCAGCGGGGGCUUUUGGGAAUGGGGCAGCUGCUAGUGGGGCCGUGAGUGGGGGUACGGUGAGCAGUAGUGGCGGCAAUAUGGUGCUCAUGACACAACCACAAUUUCAAACAACGUACCCCGCAUUUCGGCAGCCGCCACCCCUAAUGGCGCCACAGCAGAUUACAUCACCCACAACAAUUGCCACAACCACAACUUUCCGGCAUCCGUAUCAAUUGCAACCCAACGGGGAGUUUCUCUAUCCGUACACACCAACGGCACAGAUAGCACUACUCAAUCCGCCGAGUAAUGUUGUAAAUCAAGCUCCACCACCAAUGAGAUCAUCCCCAUCGCUGCAGCAGCAGCAGCAACAGCAACCGCCGCAACAGCAGCAGCAUUUCAUACAGACGUACCCAAAUACAAAGAUGGUUCUUUCAUGCUUCAACUGCGGGUCCCAGUUGCAUACUGGACGCGAUUGUCAGGAAUCAUCUAUGGAGGAUGCCACACGUGGAGCUAUUUAUAAGCUAGACUACAACACAAGCACAACAUCUGCCACGCAAACCUCCGCUGUGGACAGUGUAACAAAUGCCACGGCCAAUGCAAGCAACCAAGAUGUUGCCACUGCCCCAUCAGUUGCAACCAUGAACAAAUGAUUGAGUGCUUCGUAUCUCUAAGAAGAUUCAGCAUAAUCAAUACCUAAUACAUACCUAGACCCUCCAACCCCCACAUCAUUGCUUCCUUCUACAGUUUAUUAUUUUUUUUUCCUUUAUGUUGUCCCCGCUGUUUAGCAGAGAAAAAUUCAAAUCUGCAUUUCCGUGUGCCAUUAUGAUUUAUUGAUUAAAGCAAAAAAAAAACAAAA